AAGGAAGCCCUCACACUUUAACAAACCCAGCAUCCUCCUCAGUGUCAGACAUGGACAAAGACAAAUCUCCAUCCAGUGCCUAUGUACUGUCUUUUAAAGAGGAUACUGCACUGACAGAGAUGAUGCGCCUUCGUGUCUCAUUUUUGCAACGAACAGGACAGAAGCGUCAGGAUGGCGAACAUCUGCUUCUUCCACAUGAAACUGUCUAUCGACUCGACUUCACCACCCAGGAGCUGAACUUCUCUCGCUGGUACUUCUCACUAGUUGGCCAUGGUCGUGUUACCAUCACUGGUAUUUGCCAGCACUGGACACCUGACCUCACCAACCUGAUGACUCGCCAGCUGCUGGAACCCAUCGGAACCUUUUGGCGCAAGGCAGAUGACCCAGAUAAUUCACCGCUCAAAUGUCUGGAGGCAGACAUGCAGGAGUUCGGUGAAAGGAUUGCUGAACUGGCCAAGGUCAGAAAAGUCAUGUACUUUCUGAUUGCCUUUAAGGAUGGAGCGGAGCCGGCAAAUCUCAGCUGCUCUGUGGAAUUCACCCCAGAGAAAUAACAGGCCAUUAUUCCUCAGACAAAACGAUUUAUUUUCAUGUUUAAUUUGUCACUGAAAGACCACCUUAGAUCUUUCUCCACUGAAACGCCUCUUUAGGUCCAUUAUUGAGCUCUUUGCUUCUUUUUUUUUUUUUUUUUGCUC